AUGAGAAUCGAAGCGUCGUUCGAAGGAUGGCAAGGAAGCCGGUUAUCCCGACCACCUCGUUCGUCGAGCAGAGCACCUAGAAGGCUAAGUGGUAGUACCGCAGCGAGCUCUGCUAGUGAGGCAGACCCGCGACCUCCUCUUAUUGGUAGGAUCGGGGUGUGUGCCCUCGAUGUCAAGGCGCGGAGCAAACCAAGUCAAAACAUCUUGACUCGCCUUCAAAUGAAAGGCGACUUAGAAGUCAUUGUUUUUGGUGAUAAAGUCAUUCUGGACGAGGCCGUUGAAAAUUGGCCCAUAUGCGAUUUUUUGAUUUCUUUUUUCUCGGAUGGGUUUCCACUUGAGAAAGCAAUUGCCUAUGCAAAGCUACGCAAACCUUUCUGUGUGAACGAUCUAUCAAUGCAGAAAGUUCUCUGGGAUCGCAGACUUUGUCUUAAGAUACUAGAUCAAAUGGGUGUUCCGACUCCGAGUAGAGUGGAAGUGAACCGAGACGGCGGCCCCGUUCUACAAUCAUCUGAACUUGCGCAACAUGUCUAUAACCUGACUGGUGUGAAGCUAGAAGGUCCUGAGGAUGGUGUCGGAGGUGGAGCUCCCAAAACUCGGUCAGUGUCAUUGUCUGAGGAUGGGGAAACACUUAUCGUCGACGGUCAGACAUUACGUAAACCGUUCGUGGAGAAGCCAGUGAACGGAGAGGACCAUAAUAUUCACAUAUAUUUCCCCAACGACCAGCAAUAUGGAGGGGGUGGAAGACGACUAUUCAGGAAAGUCGGCAACAAGAGUUCGGAAUAUGACCCUGAUCUUGUUAUACCAAGGUCCAUAACCGAGAGCAACGCCAGCUAUCUAUACGAGCAAUUUCUCAGAGUCGAUAAUGCUGAAGAUGUCAAGGCUUAUACUGUUGGUCCUGAUUUUUGUCACGCCGAGACCCGCAAAUCUCCCGUUGUAGACGGUGUGGUGAGACGAAAUACACAUGGAAAGGAAUUGCGAUACAUAACAAAUCUUACCAAAGAGGAGGCUUCUAUGGCUGCAAAGAUUUCAAACGGUUUUGGUCAAAGGAUUUGUGGUUUUGACAUGCUGCGAGUUGGAGACCGAAGCUUUGUGAUUGACGUGAAUGGCUGGAGUUUCGUUAAGGAUAAUAAUGAUUAUUACGAUAAAUGCGCCAAAAUCCUUCGAGAGAUGUUUCUGAAUGAAAGGCGCAAACGUGAUAGAACGUUUGAUCAACCAGAGCCUCCGUCUCCAGAUCUGAUGUCCUUUAAAAAAGGUAGUGCGAAUUCUCAUCGCAGUGCACUCAGGACUAUAUUAAAAUCACCGAGCAUGACACGGCUGCAUGGCUCGCAAAAUACGUCUAAGAGUCAUUCGGUGUCUCCCGAUCUCGGAAGUAACCUAACUUCAACACCAGCAGAAGUGGCCAGGGCCUCAGUGCACCAGACACGGGAAGAAACGCCUGCACCUGACAGCACUAAUGCAUCAAGCAAUAAUUCGGCUGCUGUAUCCAUUUCAAAUGAAGAAGAGGCGCCGCCACCUCCAGCAUCAAAACAUUCUUGGAAGUUGAAGGGUAUGGUAGCCGUCAUACGCCAUGCUGAUCGUACUCCGAAACAAAAAUUCAAGUUCACGUUCCACAGUCAGCCAUUUGUUGACCUUCUCAAAGGACAUCAAGAAGAGGUUGUUAUUAAGGGCGAAGCUGCACUUGCUAGUGUGUCUCGUGCAGUCAAAAUCUCUAUGGAGCAGGGACUGGAAGAUAUGGAUAAGCUUAGGUUACUUAGAACAUCGUUGGAAAAGAAGGGCGGCUGGCCAGGCACGAAAGUCCAAAUCAAGCCAAUGUUUCGGAAACGGAAACCGGAGGAAAUGCGAGAGGACUCGGCUGACCCAGAGCUUGGUGCAAUUACCCAAGUGAAGCACGGCCGACCUCUCUCUCCACCUUAUGAGGCGACGCCUGAUAGUGACAACCUGAGUCGGUCGUCGCAGAAUAGAAGUGACUCGAUCUCUGGUGCCACUUUCUCUCGUUUCUCUGCGGUUGAGAACGAUCUUAUCUUAGACAAACUUCAGCUGGUCAUCAAAUGGGGAGGAGAACCCACACAUGCUGCUCGAUAUCAAUCGCAAGAUCUCGGCUCGAACAUGAGAGACGAUUUGAAACUCAUGAACAAAGAAGCCCUUCACGAUGUUCGCAUAUUUACAAGUUCUGAACGUAGAGUUAGUACAAGUGCUCAAAUUUGGGCGUGCGCGUUCUUAGAUGAGAAAGAGCUUCCCGAGGACUUUAUUCAAGUUCGAAAAGACCUCUUAGAUGAUUCGAAUGCAGCUAAAGAUGUCAUGGAUAAGGUGAAGAAAAAAUUGAAGCUUCUGCUUCGCGAAGGAUCUGCACCCUCCCAGUUCGCCUGGCCCAAAGAAAACUUCCCAGAACCGUCCAUUGUGCUGGCCACGGUUGUGGAAUUGAUGAAGUUUCACCGGAAAGUCAUGCGGCAUAACUUUCGUAGGUUAGUGCGUCCCGAGAGUCAGCCUCAGUCGAGCACAAAAACAGGUGACGAGACGUACCAGCCCUCAAAGGCUACUUACAAUCCCGAUGUUACCAAUAUACAAGGUCGAUGGUGCACAGGCGAAGAGGCUGAACUAUUCAAAGAGCGAUGGGAGAAGCUUUUUGCAGAGUUUUGUGACACGGAGAAGGUCGAUCCCAGCAAACUUUCAGAACUAUACGACAGUAUGAAAUUUGACGCUCUCCACAAUCGCCAAUUUUUAGAAUGGGUUUUCAUGCCUCCUGAUGACUUUGAUGCGAACGAACAAAAUAACAACGCCCAGCCAGGAAAUGGGGAUAAAUCUGAAGAAAAGGCUGAAAACAGCACUUUUGCACACAAACUGGGACUGAAAAAGAGAGCACUUUCUCUUCUAGAGUCAAGACAACAUUUUGGGAGCUUGGAAGACACAUACGACCAUUAUUUUAAACUCCAGUCAGGCCCCAGCAACAGGAAAAAGAAGUCGGAUGAAAGGCUGUCGAAGUUACGAGAACUAUAUAAGCUUGCUAAAGUUCUAUUCGAUUACAUUACUCCACAAGAAUAUGGAAUCAAAGAUAGUGAGAAGUUGGAGAUUGGGCUUUUAACGUCGCUGCCGUUAUUACAAGAGAUCGUCCGAGAUUUGGAAGAAGUCCAAGCAUCAUCAGAUGCUAAAUCGUUUUUCUAUUUCACAAAAGAGUCACAUAUAUACACGCUUCUGAACUGCAUUUUAGAGGGCGGCAUUCAGGCUAAGAUCACGAGAAGUGCAAUCCCCGAGUUGGACUACCUUUCUCAAAUCUGUUUUGAACUCUACGAAUCCAAAGACAGCGAUACGGAUACCUUUUCUUACUCCAUCCGAAUAUCCAUCAGCCCCGGUUGCCAUACUUUUGAUCCGCUAGAUGUGCAGCUGGACUCUCGCCAUGCCAUUGGAUGUGCUCCUCGGCGGAGUCUGACAGCCCAUCAGGACUGGAAAGAAGUAAUCGAGACCCUCAAGGCCAAAUUUGACACGGUAAAACUGCCUAAAAGCUUCAUUGCCGUCAAUCUUAGCGACAAGCACGCCUAUAAGCCCGAACCCACGAUGUACUGA